UCACCGAAAUGGGAAGCGCAAUAACGACCGCUACACAAACAAGAAAUCAUUGGCAGUUAAAUGAUGUACCAUACUUUUCAAAGGAUAACAAGACAAAUGUUGAACUUAAAUUUAAAAAAGACGAUGGAAAUUUCUCAAUGGAUAAAAUAAAUGACAGCAAUAGCAGUGAUCGAAUGUCCAGCGACAACAAGGAUGAAAUGCGGAUGGUGAGACAGGUCGGUUUGUUUAGCGCCGUUGCUCUCGUCAUUGGAAAUAUAAUCGGCUCCGGAAUCUUCGUAUCACCAGGCUACCUUCUCGCUAGUGCAGGAUCUCCUGGAUUAUGUCUCGUCCUCUGGGGAGUGUGUGGUGUUUACUCUUUAUUAGGUGCGAUUGCUUAUUGUGAGAUAGGAACGUUGAUACCCAAAUCCGGCGGCGAGUACAUUUAUUUCUUGGAAGCUUUUGGCCCUACACACAAAUUUUUUGGCCCGAUGUUGGCCUUCAUCUAUGCCUGGGUCUCCAUCUUCCUUUUGAGUCCGUCGUCAGUUGCUAUUCUGGCCCUGUCGUUUGCCGAAUAUGUCAGCAGUCCAAUCUUGACAGCGAUCCAUUUUUGUCCCGAUCCAUACCUCUAUUACGUGAUAAAUCGACUGAUCGCUUCCCUGUGUAUAGGUAUCAUUGCUUUCGUAAACUGUUAUUCGGUAACAGCCGCAACGCGAGUGCAAAACAUUUUCACGGUGGCCAAGCUGGCUGCCAUCGCUAUCGUCAUUGGCGGAGGAUUGUAUUACCUAUGCCUAGGGUACACUGAAAAUCUGGAAAUUGGGUUCGAAGGAUCAGCGACUUCGUUUGGCCAAAUAGCGACAGCAUUCUACGGUGGACUCUGGGCUUAUAGUGGCUGGAAUAAUCUAAAUUACAUAACGGAAGAAAUCAAGAACCCUUACAGGAAUCUGCCAUUCGCCAUUAUUAUUGCGCUUCCUUUGACUACCAUUCUCUAUGUGCUGAUUAACGUGUCUUACUUCACAGUUUUGACACCGCAAGAGAUUAUUACCUCAGAUGCAGUUGCUGUGGAUUGGGGAAUUGAAGUUUUGGGUCCUGCUAGUUUUCUAAUACCUUUAGGAGUCGUGAUGUCAAUAUUUGGUGCAACCAACGGAACAGUAUUUACCUCAGGAAGGAUUUCACAUGUAGCUGGGAGAGAGGGCCAUGCUCCAGGCUUUUUGUCUUACAUCCACAUUGAGAAGAAGACACCUGUUACUCCAGUUUUAUUGACUAGUCUCCUGGCGACGAUCAUGAUUAUUCCUGGAGAUAUAGCUUCGCUAAUAGAUUUCUUCGGUUUCACCAUUUCCAUGUUUUACUGUGCAGCAAUGGUGGCGUUGAUAGUAAUGCGUUUCACGAAAAAAGACGAGCACAGACCCAUUAAGGUGCCCAUCAUCAUCCCAAUUAUUGUUAUGGUGAUUUCGGCUAUUCUAGUCGUUGCACCCAUCGCUGUGGCACCACAAGUGCAAUACUUUUAUGCUCUCCUUUUUAUUUUAGCUGGGCUUAUUUUCUACGUGCCGUUUGUCUAUUACAAUAAAAUGGUACCGGGAAUAGGUCCAUUUACAAUAUUUCUACAAAAACUUCUGAAAGUAGUCCCAACAACCAGCUUCUGAAAACUUUAUGUGAAAACUAUCGCAAAGUGUGAAAAACGGAAUCAACUGUCGCGGAUUUUUCCAGAUCAUGGAUGAAAUAUUGAAGUAGGAAUUCUAGCUAGGAAGACCUUAAAAAAUAAUUUGGUUAAUUAGCGUCGUGUACUGACGUUUCUUUUUAAAAUUGUUAAACCAAUAUUUUCUAUUUAGCUAACACUAUAAAAGUUUAUGACUUUUCCCGAA